AUGGCCUCCAACAACGACGAUGCCGUCGAGUUCGUCGAGGACCACGGGGAGCACCACCAGGACUCCGUCCACCGUCGUCUCCGGGCCAAUUCCACCAUCAUGCACUUCCAGAAGAUCCUGGUCGCCAACCGUGGUGAAAUCCCCAUCCGUAUCUUCCGUACAGCCCACGAGCUGUCCCUACAGACUGUCGCCGUCUACUCCCACGAGGAUCGUCUGGGUAUGCACCGUCAGAAGGCCGAUGAGGCGUACAUGAUCGGCAAGCGUGGCCAAUAUACCCCCGUCGGUGCUUAUCUGGCCGGCGACGAGAUCAUCAAGAUCGCCCAGGAGCACGGUGUGCACCUGAUUCACCCCGGCUACGGUUUCCUGUCGGAGAAUGCCGGGUUCGCCCGCAAUGUCGAGAAGGCUGGUAUCGUUUUCGUGGGCCCGACCGCUGACACCAUUGACGCUCUUGGUGACAAGGUCUCUGCUCGUCGUCUUGCGAUCAAGUGCAACGUCCCCGUUGUCCCCGGUACCGAGGGCCCCGUCGAGCACUACGACGAUGUCAAGUCCUUCACUGACGAAUAUGGCUUCCCCAUCAUCAUCAAGGCUGCCUUCGGUGGUGGUGGCCGUGGUAUGCGUGUAGUUCGCGACCAGGCUUCCCUGCGUGAUGCCUUUGAGCGUGCCACUUCCGAGGCCAAGUCCGCCUUCGGUAACGGUACCGUCUUCGUUGAGCGCUUCCUCGACAAGCCCAAGCACAUUGAGGUCCAGCUGCUCGGUGACAACCAGGGCAACGUCGUCCACCUGUUCGAGCGUGACUGCUCCGUCCAGCGUCGUCACCAGAAGGUCGUCGAGAUUGCUCCCGCCAAGGACCUCCCCGUCGAUGUUCGCGACAAGAUCCUGGCUGAUGCCGUCAGGUUGGCCAAGUCGGUCAAGUACCGCAACGCCGGUACCGCUGAGUUCCUUGUCGACCAGCAGAACCGUUACUACUUCAUUGAGAUCAACCCUCGCAUUCAGGUUGAGCACACCAUCACUGAGGAGAUCACUGGUAUCGAUAUCGUCGCCGCUCAGAUCCAGAUCGCCGCUGGUGCCACUCUUGAGCAGCUGGGUCUGACUCAGGACCGCAUCUCCACUCGCGGUUUCGCUAUUCAGUGCCGUAUCACCACCGAGGAUCCCUCCAAGGGCUUCUCCCCCGACACCGGUAAGAUUGAGGUCUACCGCUCUGCUGGUGGUAACGGUGUUCGUCUGGACGGUGGUAACGGUUUUGCCGGUGCCAUCAUCACCCCCCACUACGACUCCAUGCUGGUCAAGUGUACUUGCCGUGGAUCGACCUACGAGAUUGUCCGCCGCAAGAUGCUGCGUGCCCUGGUUGAGUUCCGUAUCCGUGGUGUCAAGACCAACAUCCCCUUCCUGGCUUCUCUGCUGAGCCACAACACCUUCAUCGACGGAACCUGCUGGACCACCUUCAUCGAUGAUACCCCCCGAGCUAACCGUGCCCAGAAGCUGCUCGCUUACCUAGGUGACGUUGCUGUCAACGGUAGCAGCAUCAAGGGCCAGAUCGGUGAGCCCAAGUUCAAGGGCGACAUCAUCAAGCCCAUUCUCAAGGACACCGCUGGCAAGCCCAUCGAUGUCUCCGUUCCCUGCCAGCAGGGUUGGAAGCAGAUCUUGGACGCCCAAGGCCCUGCUGCCUUUGCCAAGGCAGUGCGUGCCAACAAGGGCUGCUUGAUCAUGGACACCACCUGGCGUGAUGCCCACCAGUCUCUGCUCGCCACUCGCGUGCGUACCAUUGACAUGCUUAACAUUGCCCACGAGACCAGCCACGCUCUGCAAAACGCCUACUCCCUGGAGUGCUGGGGUGGUGCCACCUUCGACGUCGCCAUGCGCUUCCUGUACGAGGACCCCUGGGACCGUCUGCGCAAGCUCCGCAAGGCUGUUCCCAACAUCCCCUUCCAGAUGCUGCUGCGCGGCGCCAACGGUGUUGCCUACUCAUCCCUUCCCGACAACGCCAUCUACCACUUCUGUAAGCAGGCCAAGAAGUACGGUGUUGAUAUCUUCCGUGUCUUCGAUGCCCUCAACGACGUUGACCAGCUCGAGGUCGGUAUCAAGGCCGUCCAGGAGGCCGGCGGUGUGGUUGAGGCCACCAUCUGCUACAGCGGUGACAUGCUGAACCCCACCAAGAAGUACAACUUGGAGUACUACCUCGCUCUGGCUGAUCGCAUUGUCAAGCUGGGUACUCACGUUCUCGGCAUCAAGGAUAUGGCUGGUGUCCUGAAGCCCCAGGCUGCCCGUCUGCUGAUCGGUGCUCUCCGCGAGCGUUACCCCGACCUCCCCAUCCACGUUCACACUCACGACUCCGCCGGUACCGGUGUUGCUUCGAUGAUUGCCUGCGCUCAGGCUGGUGCUGACGCCGUCGAUGCUGCCACUGACAGUCUCUCCGGUAUGACCUCUCAGCCUAGCAUUGGUGCCAUCCUGGCCUCCCUCAGCGGCACUGAGCAGGACCCCAACCUGGACAUUGCCCAGGUCCGCGCUCUGGACGCCUACUGGGCGCAGCUCCGUCUCCUCUACUCUCCAUUCGAGGCUGGUCUCACUGGACCUGACCCCAGGGUCUAUGAGCACGAGAUCCCCGGUGGUCAAUUGACCAACCUUAUCUUCCAGGCUAGCCAGCUGGGUCUGGGCCAGCAGUGGGCCGAGACCAAGAAAGCCUACGAGGCCGCCAACGACCUGCUUGGCGACAUCGUCAAGGUCACCCCUACCUCCAAGGUCGUCGGUGACCUGGCCCAGUUCAUGGUGUCCAACAAGCUGACCUCCGAGGACGUUGUUGCCCGCGCCGCCGAGCUGGACUUCCCCGGCUCUGUCCUGGAGUUCCUGGAGGGUCUGAUGGGUCAGCCCUUCGGCGGCUUCCCCGAGCCCCUGCGUUCCAACGCCCUCCGCAACCGCCGCAAGCUGGACAAGCGCCCUGGUCUGUACCUGGAACCUCUGGACCUGACCAAGAUCAAGAACGAGAUCCGCGAGAAGUUCGGCGCCGCGACCGAGUGCGAUGUUGCCAGUUACGCCAUGUACCCCAAGGUCUUCGAGGAUUACCGCAAGUUCGUGUCCAAGUUCGGUGACCUGUCUGUCCUGCCUACGCGCUUCUUCCUGGCCCGUCCCGAGAUCGGCGAGGAGUUCCACGUCGAGCUGGAGAAGGGUAAGGUGCUUAUUCUGAAGUUGCUUGCCAUCGGUCCUCUCUCCGAGCAGACUGGUCAGCGUGAGGUCUUCUACGAGGUCAACGGUGAAGUCCGCCAGGUCAGUGUCGACGACCAGAAGGCUUCCGUCGACAACAUUGCCCGCCCCAAGGCCGACGCUGCCGACAGCAGCCAGGUCGGUGCUCCUAUGAGCGGUGUUGUUGUUGAGAUCCGUGUCCACGACGGCCACGAGGUUAAGAAGGGUGACCCCAUUGCGGUGCUGAGCGCCAUGAAGAUGGAAAUGGUCAUCUCUGCUCCUCACAGCGGAAAGGUCUCCAGCCUCCAAGUCAAGGAGGGCGACUCAGUCGACAGCCAAGACCUGGUCUGCAAGAUCAGCAAGGCUUAA